AUGAAGUUCUCCGCUGUUAUCGGUGCCAUUCUCGGUGCCUCCGCUGUCGCUGCCGCUCCCGGUACUGCCAAGCGUCAGGAGCGUGCAGCUCGCCUCAUGAGCGAGCGUCAGAACCGCAAGAGCGGUCUCAUGAUUCCCGACAUCAACGAGACCGAUGAGCCUGCCGUUAUCAAUGGCACCAAGCACGUCUCCUACUCGACGAACUGGGCCGGCGCCGUCCUCAUUGGUACGGGCUACACGACCGUCACUGGUACCUUCACCGUGCCCACCCCCAAGGUUCCGACCGGCGGCAGCUCUGCCAAGACCUACUCGGCAUCCGCAUGGGUUGGAAUCGACGGCGACACGUGCUCGUCGGCCAUCUUGCAGACGGGCAUUGACUUCAACGUCCGCGGCGGCCAUGUCUCGUAUGACGCCUGGUACGAGUGGUACCCCCAGGUCGCCCACGACUUCACUGGCAUAACCAUGGAAGCCGGCCACAAGAUCACCGUGACCGUCACUGCGUCGAGCAAGAAGACGGGUACGGCCGUCAUCAAGAACGAGACCACGGGCAAGUCGGUCACCCACAGCUUCACGUCCGCCACGGCUUCCCUCUGCGAGACCAAUGCCGAGUGGAUCGUCGAGGACUUUGAGGAGGGCAGCAGUCUCGUCCCCUUUGCCGACUUUGGCACCGUCACCUUUGAGGAUGCCACUGUCAAUGGCAAGGGAGUCACGGGCGCCACCAUCAUUGAUCUCCGCCAGAGUGGUAAGGUUCUGACCUCUUGCUCGGCCAGUGGAGAGAGCGUCACUUGCUCCUAUGUCUAG